CCCGCCCUUCUUUGCUCCACAUUCCGCCACGUGUAACUCCUACGUCCGCUCCCUCCCCGCACCAUUUCUAACACAGCCUCUCUCUCUCUACAAAGCUUCCAUUUCCCAUUCAGCAACCAAACCAUUCACAGUUUCACACAGGACAGUCCCCACUCUCCACUGUCCGUAGCCACUUUCCGGUGCGAGAGCGAGUAGAUAUUUUCUCUCUCUUUCUCUUCGCCUCUUUAGCGGCGUAAAGGCGGUCCUGUGCUCUCGUUUCGGUUGCGGUUCCGUUAUGGAAGCGGCACCACAGCUCGUCUAUGGCGGGAUUGAGCCUCGCUCGUUUGCAUCACUCGCUCGUUUCUCUAGAGCUUCGGUCAAGGUGCCGGCACGGCGGCGAAUCAGCCGCGUUAUGGCAGUAGCGACUGAGCCGAAGCCGGCGCAGAGUGGGAAGGACAAGCCAUCGCCGAAUUCGAACGGCUCCGCGACGUCCGGGCCGGCUAGAAUUCUUGUCAACGGAGCUUCGUCCAAGUCAGCGCCGAAGAGGCCCGUCAAUGGAGCUGCUUCUACUAGGAUGGGAGAGGUUUCGCAGGAGAUCAAGAGAGUGAGAGCGCAGAUGGAAGAGAAUGAACAACUGUCUAUCCUUAUGAAAGGACUUAGAGGCCAGAAUCUGAGGGACGAGCAGUUUGCUGAUAACAGUAUUAAGCUUCGCUUGGUGGAGGUUGACGAAAGCAGCGAAUUUCUGCCCACGGUGUAUGAUCCUGCCACCAUUUCUGCUUACUGGGGAAAACGGCCUCAAGCUGUUGCAACACGCAUUGUUCAGUUGCUCUCGGUGGCUGGAGGUUUCCUAUCUCGCAUUGCUUGGGAUGUGAUUAACAACAAAGUCAACGAGAAUCAAGUGACUAGAGCCAUUGAGUUAAGAGAGAUUGUCACAUCAUUGGGUCCAGCAUACAUCAAACUUGGCCAAGCAUUGAGUAUUCGUCCAGACAUAUUGUCACCUGUUGCAAUGACUGAGUUGCAGAAGCUUUGCGACAAGGUUCCUUCAUUUCCAGAUGACAUUGCAAUGGCUCUGCUAGAGGAAGAGCUUGGACAACCGUGGCAGAAUAUCUACUCUGAACUUUCUUCUUCUCCCAUUGCUGCUGCCUCAUUAGGACAGGUAUAUAAGGGUCGACUAAAAGAAACAGGUGAACUUGUAGCUGUUAAAGUACAGAGACCAUUUGUUCUCGAGACAGUAACAGUCGAUCUUUUCGUCAUAAGGAACUUAGGCUUGUUUCUGCGGAAAUUUCCUCAGAUCUCUGUCGAUGUUGUUGGAUUGGUUGAUGAAUGGGCCGCUCGCUUUUUUGAAGAGCUGGAUUAUGUUAAUGAAGGUGAAAAUGGAACUCUUUUUGCUGAAAUGAUGAGGAAGGACCUUCCGCAGGUUGUUGUGCCAGCGACUUACCUGAAAUAUACUACAAGAAAGGUUCUCACAACACAAUGGAUUGAUGGAGAGAAACUGUCGCAAAGCACUGAAAGUGAUGUUGGAUCAUUGGUCAAUGUUGGAGUCAUAUGUUACUUAAAGCAGUUACUAGAUACUGGAUUUUUCCAUGCUGACCCACAUCCUGGGAAUCUGAUCCGCACACCAGACGGGAAGCUGGCUAUACUUGAUUUUGGUCUUGUCACAAAGCUAACUGAUGACCAGAAAUAUGGGAUGAUUGAAGCUAUUGCUCACCUCAUACAUAGGGAUUAUGAUGCAAUUGUCAAAGAUUUUGUCAAACUUGGGUUUAUUCCUGAAGGGGUUAAUUUGGCACCCAUUUUACCGGUACUGGCUAAGGUUUUUGAUCAGGCACUUGAAGGUGGUGGUGCAAAGAAUCUCAACUUCCAGGAGUUAGCAGCGGAUCUUGCACAAAUAACCUUUGAUUAUCCGUUUAGGAUACCUCCUUAUUUUGCACUGAUAAUCAGGGCAAUCGGGGUGUUGGAAGGCAUCGCUUUGGUGGGAGAUCCUGAAUUUGCCAUUGUAGACGAGGCAUACCCAUACAUUGCACAGAGGCUCCUUACUGAUGAAUCGCCUCGUCUGAAAAGUGCUCUGCGUUACAUGAUUUAUGGGAAAUCGGGUGUAUUUGAUGCCGAAAGAUUCAUUGAUGUCAUGCAAGCCUUUGAGACUUUCAUCACGGCAGCCAAAAGUGGAGGAGGAGCGGAGCUGAACGGGGAUAUGGCAGGACUAGGCAUCAUGCGAACUGAAAGUAUAGUCUCCUCUGCCUCAUUUUUGCCUGCUUUUCCACUAGCAGCGACCCAACAAACUACCGAACCAAUUCAAACAAGGGCAGCCCUAACCUUUCUGAUUUCGGAGAAGGGAAACUUUUUCAGAGAAUUCCUUCUUGACGAGAUCGUUAAAGGAAUUGACGCUGUGACGAGGGAACAGUUGGUUCAAAUACUGGCACUUGUUGGAUUUGGAAAUGCUCCACCUGUCUUUAGCAUGGUUCCUAGACCAUUUAGACCAGCAGCUCUUCUCCCGAGCAUAACCGAGGAGGACAAAGUCAUCCUGAACAACGUCCAGAAGGUUAUUGAGUUCCUAACUGCCGGGAGCUCACUCUCAAGCACAUCCACUCAGGGGGGUGCCAACACAGCCCAGAUUGUACGGGAGCUUCUUCCUGUUCUGCCCGGCAUAUCAGCCAGGGUGCUCCCUGAGGUAAUCACAAGGCUCACUUCCAGAGUAGCUGCUCGGAUAAUUCGGGAUGCAUUUUUGUUGCAGUAAUUAGUUCCGAUGUGUACAUAAGUUAGGUAACAUACGAGAUACAUACAAUGAGCAUCAAUUGUACAAUGCCCUGUCUUUGAAGGAAGCGGAUUUGGGAUAACAAAAACAGAUAGAUGCAUUAUAUGUAACCAGAGAGUUGAGUAAGGAGAGAAAGUGACCUCCCAUUCUGUACAUCAUCUGUUCAAGUAAAGUGCCAUUAUUACA